AUGGCCAAACCAAUUCAGGCAGGAUCGCUAGCAUCAGUCAUAGAACUUGCAGAUAAUCCACCAGACCAGCCCCUACACAGCUUAACGGGCGACUUGCAACAGCCGCUUGUGCUCUACAUCGCACGAGUGCCUGGAUCGCACGAUGUUUUCCUUACUACCAUGAAGCCUCAACAAAAGGUCGUUACCGCCCAAGACGUGCAGAGCUCGCUUUACUACAUGCAUGUGGACAAGCUAGAAGACUACGAGCUUCUCACCUCCUCUGAGGACUCCGAAAGUCAUUCUGACGAGGAGGGUGGUCCUGGAAAGCCUGUAAACCCCACCAGUACAGGUGGUGUCCGGAGGAAACCGCUGCCACCAAGCUCGAGGCUUGGCUUAGGUGAUCGUCUUGAACCUCCGACAGAAGCCAAUUCCUAUUUCCAAACUUAUUCCAAUAGCGCAACAGGCAGUCCGCAAGCUGAACAAAAACCUUCGAGCCAGGACAACGUGGCCGAGCAUCGACGCUUGGAUGUAAGCCCACCGCUGCCAGAUCGAAAGCUUCUUGGGCCGCGUCCCAUGCAUCAACACUUUCUUUCCAUUGACAAUCCACCUCUCCAGGAUGUUCCCGAGAAGCAAAAUAUUGAUCUGAGGAGGUGGUCAGAGCAGCCUGCCGGGACACCUCCGAAGUUGCCUCCUCGGCCAUUCUCUGGAGGCAACAACAGCGUCCCAAUGGCUCCUCCUCGACCUCUUGCAGCGAGCUUGAAAGACUCCCUCGUUGCAAACAGUGUUCAUUCUAGAUUUUUACACCGCAAACCAAUAGCACACUCUGUUUCGCAGGACUCGAAGAGGGUAACGAAGGACGGGUCAAAUGCUAAGGAUUUACAGGACGCCACGCUGUCAUUGAUCAGACGCUAUAACAACGAGCAAUGGACUGUUGGUAAAAUAUCGAGCAAGGACACAAAGCCUACAGUCAGUGGAUUUGGCGAAUCCAGCCAUGGAAUAUCUAUUCACAUUAUGACGCACGGAUACUUGAGAUUCGUUGAUCACAUCAAUUCAUUCGCCAAACACACACGUCCUGAUACGGAGAAGUCAAAGGGGACUCGUGACAAUCGCACGACCAUCACGGCUGCAGAAGAGCAACUUUGUUUUCAACGCCAUCUGCAAGUACCCGGACAUGCAAUGAGUUGGAACCAAAGGCGCAGACCCGAAUCCAUUGACUCCACGUUCUUAUAUCAGGGAACACGACCAAGCGUCGACCUUCCGAAACACAGCCACCAGAGCUUGGAUUCUAUAGCAUCAGAUCGUUCUUUUACAAAUGGUUUGCCGGAGUCAAAGUCGGACUCUACAAAGGGUUACAUAUUAAGAAGCCCUUGGGAUGGUAUCUGUGAGUUCACGACAGGUGUGGCAGGUCGAUCUUUCAAAUGCAAGCAUUCGUAUGCCUCUUCGAGUCCAAGAUUUGGACCAGGGAUGCGUUCAGCGCAGGUCAGUGAAUUGCGCUUCAAUCUGCCAAGCUCAAAGACACUCGGAUCUCCGGCUUCGAAAAGCCUCGUGCCUGGAACCCGAAGAGAGGCCAAACGCUCGUCCUCUUUGUUCCCGCAUCAACAUCGACAGCGCUCAUCCUCUUCCUUUGAAGCCAAGGAUAGGCAUGAAGCCGGGUAUUUUGCGCCCAAGGUCGAGUUUGAAGAGCGUCUAGAUUUGUCGCUUGGGCAAGAGCACGCCGGUGGAGGGUUCGGAGGAAAGCAAGCGAAGUUGGGCAAAUUGAUAAUCGAGAAGGAAGGUUUGCAGAUGCUAGAUCUAAUAGUUGCUGCUAAUAUGGCUUUGUGGUGGCGAGUGUAUGAAAGAUUUACAUUUACGUGA